CGAGAGAUACGAGUAUGGUCACGUCUAAUGCACGUCAAUGUUGUUCCGCUGCUCGGCUAUGUGCAUUGUCAAAAUGGCCAGCUUGGCUUCGUCUCUCCAUGGUAUCCAGAAGGGAAUGUAAUCGACUUCAUCAAGAAUCAUCCUGAUGCUAAUAGAGACAUGAUCGUGCGUUGUGCCGAUGUAGCAUCAGGAUUGGAACAUCUUCAUUCACAAAACCCAUCGAUCGUGCAUGGAGAUAUCAAGGGACACAAUAUUCUGAUCACUUCGGAUGGACAUGCUUUGAUCUGUGAUUUCGGCCUGUCGAGGAUUUUGGACGACAACCCCACUGGGCUUACAUCUACAGUGGUUGGAAUGACCCUUCGCUUCUCAGCUCCAGAGUUACUACAUAGUGAAAGGAAGACAGUGGAAACCGACGUUUAUGCUUAUGGGUGUGCUUGCAUUGAGGUGAGAGCUCUAACUCUCAUUUAUCGUUAG